AUGUUUACAAUUAUAAUUUUAUUUAGUCUUUUUAUUAUCGGGGAAUCAGAGAUUUAUAUCGUAACAAUUGAAGGAGAGCCUGUUAUAAGUUACACUGGUGGCGUUAGUGGUUUUGAAGCCACUGCUGUUGAAGCCGAUGAGACACUUGAUGUCACUAGUGAUUUGGUUUCAUCAUAUUCCCUCCAUCUGGAAUCGAAGCAUGAUUCUCUUCUUGAAACUUUGUUUGAUGAAGGGACUUACAAGAAACUGUAUAGUUACAAGCAUCUUAUCAAUGGGUUUGCUGUUGACUUAUCUCCCGAACAGGCAGAAACACUUAGGGGAUCCCUUGGUGUGAAAUCAGUGGAUAAAGAUUGGAAAGUGAAGAAACUUACGACACACACACCGCAAUUUCUCGGGCUACCCACCGGAGUUUGGCCAAUGGGGGGCGGAUUUGAUCGAGCCGGUGAAGAUAUCGUGAUCGGAUUCAUUGAUUCCGGUGUUUUCCCACAUCAUCCAAGCUUUCGGAAUCCUGAUUCCGAACCAUAUGGUCCGAUUCCGAAGUUCAGAGGGAAAUGUGAAGUUGAUUCCGAUACAAAGAAAAGUUUUUGCAACGGAAAAAUCGUUGGUGCCCAACAUUUUGCAAAAGCCGCCAUUGCAGCCGGUGCUUUUAAUCCCGAGGUUGAUUUUGCUUCGCCUUUGGAUGGUGAUGGACAUGGAAGUCACACUGCAGCAAUAGCUGCGGGAAAUAACGGGAUCCCAGUUCGAGUUCAUGGAUACGAAUUUGGAAAAGCAAGUGGAAUGGCCCCUCGUGCUAGGAUUGCUGUAUACAAGGCGCUUUACAGGCUGUUUGGAGGAUUUGUUGCUGAUGUUGUUGCAGCGAUUGAUCAGGCGGUUUAUGAUGGUGUUGACAUUUUGAAUCUUUCAGUGGGGCCCAAUAGUCCUCCGGCCACCACCAGAACCACCUUCUUGAACCCCUUUGAUGCUACGCUUCUGGCGGCUGUGAAGGCGGGAGUUUUUGUUGCUCAGGCGGCUGGAAAUGGUGGGCCGUAUGCAAAAUCUUUGGUGUCUUAUAGUCCAUGGAUUAUGUCUGUAGCUGCUGCUGUUGAUGAUCGAAGAUAUAAAAACCAUUUGACACUUGGAAAUGGAAAGAUUUUAGCGGGAAUUGGUUUGUCACCCGCUACAAAUCCAAAUCAAAAGUACACUCUCGUUGCAGCAAACGACGUCGUAUUAGAUUCUUCAGUUACAAAAUUCAGUCCUACAGAUUGCCAAAGACCCGAACUUCUAAACAAAAACAUGGUAAAAGGAAACAUUCUUUUAUGCGGAUAUUCCUUCAAUUUUGUAAUCGGCUCUUCAUCUGUUACAAAAGUCGCCCAAACCGCAAAAACCCUAGGUGCAAUUGGAUUCGUUCUUGCAGUUGAAAAUGUCUCACCAGGCACAAAAUUUGAUCCAAUGGCUAUCGGAAUUCCGGGAAUUUUAAUCAUCGAUGUUGACAAAUCAAUGGAGUUGAUUGAGUAUUAUAAAGCGUCUACUUUAAGGGAUUGGACCGGAAGAGUGAAAAGUUUUAAAGCUAAGGGAAUGAUUGGAAAUGGUUUGGAGCCGAUUCUUCAUAAAUCGGCUCCAAUAGUUGCAUUGUUUUCGGCCCGUGGGCCCAAUAUAAGAGAUUAUAGUUAUCGUGAUGCGGAUCUUUUAAAGCCCGAUAUUUUAGCACCGGGUUCUUUGAUUUGGGCUUCUUGGAGCCCGAAUGGGACGGAUGAUGUUAAUUAUAUAGGUGAAAACUUUGCUAUGGUUUCGGGAACAAGCAUGGCUGCACCACAUAUAGCAGGAAUAGCAGCUCUUGUAAAGCAAAAGCAUCCUCAUUGGAGCCCAGCAGCUAUUAAAUCGGCUUUAAUGACAAGUGCAAAUAUUUUGGAUAGAGGCCAAAAACCGAUUUUAUCCGAACAAUAUUCAGAGUCAGAAACAUUGAUUUUUGUCCCUGCAACACCUUUUGAUUAUGGAAGUGGACAUGUCAAUCCUAGAGCUGCUUUGGACCCUGGUCUUGUCUUUGAUGCAGGUUAUCAAGACUACCUCGGAUUCCUAUGCACAACACCCGGAAUCAACUACCACGAGCUCCUUAACUACACACACCACCCAUGUAACUACACCCUCGGUCACCCCUACAAUCUAAACUCCCCUUCAAUCGCAAUCUCCCAUCUUGUUAGAACCCAAACCGUAACACGAAUUGUUACAAAUGUCAAUGAAAAAAGAAACAUACACAAUCACCACAAGAAUGGGUCCAGCCAUAGCCAUUGACUCGAGCCCACGGUCCAUGACCAUAGGACCCGGUGCAUCACGUAGGUUCACCGUGACCCUAACCGUGAGGUCAGUAAUCGGAAAUUAUAGUUUUGGAGAAGUUAUGUUGAAGGGAAACAGAGGGCAUAAGGUUCGGGUACCCGUUGUAGCCAUGGGUUAUCAUCGGUAGUUGUGGGGUGUAAUGUAAUGUUAUUCUUUUGUAAAAGAGUAUGGAAAUAAGAUUAUAGAAAAUGGUAGGAGUGUUUAUAUCGUGUAAAGAGAGCAUGAUAGAAUGUGGUACUAGUGUGCGUGUGUGUCUUUAGUUGUAACUGUGGAGAAAGUGGUAUGUGUGCAUUUGGUUGAUGGGUUGUGUAAUACUCUUACCAUUUUGUAUAAUCUUAUUUGAACAGAAUAAGC